UCUCAGCCAGAUGGCGCUGAAAUUGCUGCCAAACUUGUUUCGAUUUUCUCCAUUACUUUUCUUUCUCUGCUAUUCGGUAUAAAGACAUAUAAUGUACAUUUUAAGUACCUAACAUAUUCACGAUGGCUUAUUUUGGCAUUGUACGUUAUAUCGUGGGCAUUUUGCGCUACUAGUAUGUUGUUGGUGACAACGAACAACGUUUAUAUUCUAAGGCUUAUUGAAAAAGUCUACGUUGUAUCAUCAAUUCGCCAAGCAAGAUGGAAAUCGAGAUCCUACCUAUUCCAUAUGUCCUUACUGCUGCCAUACAUUGCUAUUUUCACACUUAUGCUUAUAUUCCAUACUUCAGAAAUCCAAGCGGACGGCAUAUGUAUAAUCGGACUGCAAUCAAUUGCAUCAUUACCACUCCUCUUCAUCAACUCGUACAUGACAGUCUUUUUCAUUCGUCCUUUAAUGAAACUUGGUGCUGGUACAAAAUCUGGUUGGAGAGCAACACGCUUAAACGAAGUUGCUUUACGCACAAUGGUUGCUUCAAUUGUAUGCUUAUUAGCCUCUUUUGCUAAUGUGUUGUCCCUUGUCUUAUUGAAUGGCAGAGAAAGAGGCCUUGUAUGUUUGACAUGUUGCACAGUAGACGUUACUAUCAACGUGAUCACCAUCCACUGGGUUACUUCUCAAGCACCUGGUAAAAGAAUGAAAGAAACUGGUGUUGAU